UUUUUUGUUUAUAUCCUUGUUCCUUCAGUUGUAUCAGCCUACAUCUGAUUUCAACCUCAGUGACCCAAACUGUCACAUUAUGAGGCCGACGUACAACAGUUUGCAUGACCCAAACCUCAAUGAAUACUACCAUCAGAAGGAAAUGCAUGAGAAGUUAAAGAAGCGAAACUUCAUCACUAAAGAGGACAACGUUGUAUGCUCAUUAAAGGAGUAUAACACAUACAAACAUUACCUGGAUACGGUCAAGACUGACCAUCAUAAAACGUACAGCAAAAAGUUGAAGGAACAGAUACUGAGAAUGGUUCAGUUGCAAGAGGAAGGACAUAUACCUAAGGACGUUACCCUGGAAGAUAUGAUAGAGUACUUACUGAAUAAAGAAGCACUGAACCUGAAGCAUCUGCAGUCAACCAUUGGUUCCAGGGACAGGGGACAGAAAUAUGGCCUGCAAACUGCGUUGUAUGACCAAGAGAGAGAGUUUAAAGAGGAUUGGGUUUCUAAGGAGCGAUCCAGGCUGAAACUCAUUGAAAAGGAUGUCAGGCACGAUUUGAACAAGGCCAAGUAUAUGAAAGAGGCCAAAGAAAAGCGCAUCAGAAAGAAAAUGUGCAUUAUGGAACAAAAACAGGCUAUUCAGUUGAGGAUAAUGGAAGAGGAAUUGAAAAACCUCCAGGAGUUUGAGAGGUUGAGAGAGGCCUCUAUCAAACCAAAUAAGCUGCUGGAAGAAAUAUUUGAAAAACCAGCAUCUGCUCAGCCUGCUCUCAAACCGGCUCACUCCAAAACUGUAAAGAAAACAGUUUCUCUGUCAGGGAAAUCUAAGGAAAAGCCAGCCAUGCUACAGAGGAGACCAAGCCUUGCACCACACCAGAGGAGACCAUGCCUGGAUGGUCUGGCACCGCUGAAGGGUUUCCAAGAACCUGUUUUUAGGAUCUUCAAAGCCAUCAAGGGACAAAGCAUCCCAGACAGAGCUCAGCUGAAAUCUGUCAUCCUCGACCACUUAGGCUCCAAGCUUGUCAGGAAGCAGCUGGCGGAGUCAAUCAGGGAUGAGGUCAAACUGACGAUUCCAGGGACUACACCAGCGGCACAAAGGGCUCUGAGUGCCAGAAUCGCUUACGAUGUGUUGAAGUGCGUCUCUCGAGCGGCCAAUCCUAGCAAUGAACCUGCCUGCAGACUCCGUGGGGGAAACACAAUCAAACCCAAUGCUAAAGCAGAUAAUCCAGAACCAGAGGAGCGGAUGGCCAACGGAGAAGACAUAAACACCUAUGUGACAACGUUGAUCACUGACGUUCUGGAGGAAGUCCAGGAGCAGGUUAUUGUAAUGAUCCGAGAAGACUCCCCUACCCAAUUCAGAGUUGUCUCUGCAAAGGCCAGCCAAACAGCCAUUGAUGUGGUAAGCAAUGUUUUGGAAGACAUUAGACACUUAUUAAAUGAGGAAAACAUUGAAGAGCUUGCACUAGACUGUGAUGCUGAAGAAGGCACCUCAGGUAUAACAAACAUUCCGCCACCUGCAUUGACUGCAUUAAAAAAGGCAGACCCCGAGAACCGCCGAGAUUCCUGUUCAAAACUAGAAGGUGUCGCCUGUGACCUUAUUAGCACUGCAUAUGACAGCAUCCUAUUCGAGCUGGCUUUUCCUGAGCUUCAGGGUGAAAGAAAUGAAAAAGCUCCUUCCCUGACUCUGGAAAUACUUCCCUCGGAGCCAGUGAUCUCAUCUUUAUCCAACUCUCCCAGUUAUGGAAUGGUGUUUUCAUCUGACACUUCAGAGGUUUCAGAAAACAACAGUAAGACAAGCAGCUCAGAGGCCUCCGCAGCUGCAUCAACCUCGUCCCAGGAGAUGACUGUGAUGGCCAGUGUUCCAUGUUCUUGUACUACUUCCAGAGCAGAUGUGGAAGGAAUGCUCUCUGAGGCAACAGGCGAGCACCCAGCGAAAUCAAUGGCCUCUGCAAAAGUUGAGUUGAUCGCUGAUGAUUUAGUGGAAGAUGCCAUCGAUAUGUGCAGUGAAAUGAUUUUAGACGACCAGCCACUAGCCCUACUACAUGACGAUCCUGAAGAAGGUACAUCAAAUGUUGUUGUUCCUGGACCAAUUCAGAGCAGCCUGUCUGGAUUUGAUGAACGCCACACAAAAUCACAGGUCCUUGCAGUAAAGAUUGAAGACCAUGAGGUAAAGCCAAUUUUGAUCCAAGACACAGCGCUCAUAUCUCCAGGUGAGCAGAAUACGGAUGAAAAAAGAGUCAUUCGAGUAAGUUAUGUCUUUAACUCAUCCCCUAGAAGGAAAGCUCACCAGGCCACCAGAAGCACCUCUUUCCCUAACCUCUAUGUCACCCUUGUGGAUGGAGUUCUGGACCAAAUUAGCACAGAACCUUUCAAAGAAACCCUGGCUCAAUCUGUGAGGAAUGAGGUAAGACAUUCUGUCUCUUUGCCUCAAUUUGGAUCGGUGAACCUCAAAAGCGAGGACUGCUCAGAGAAAGAAAGUAUUGAGGAUAUGUUGAAAAGUGUAUCCAGAAAACUCAGUAAAGACCAGGCUUGUCAGCUGACCGGGAAAGCCAGUGAGACCAUGAAUGCCAACGUAGAUGCCAUUUCACUUACCCCCAAACUACAGUCUACUGCCAAAGACCAAAUCAUCAAAGUUCUGGAGCAGGUCAACACUAAAAUAAUCAAGAUGAUUAGACAAGAUUCUCCCAACAGGACGAUUUCCCCCAAGGCAAGCCAGACUGCCAUCAAUGCUGUCAGCAACAUUUUGGGUGCUAUGGGAACCUCUCUCAAGGCAAGCAACACACCAUUUGUUCCUAAUGUGGCUGGACUCCAACCUGACCUAGAUGAUGUAGCAUCUUACUCAACUGAAGCUUUUGAGGGAUAUCCAGGGAUCUGGAUGUCACCCCUGAAGAUAAAAUAUAUUGCCUCAGGCCUCAUGGACACUGUCUGUGAUGACCUACUGGAUGAGGAUGGUUUCCUCAGGCGGAGCGCUGGUGCAAUAUCCUCACAGGAAGACCUUGAUCUUCAGAAGAUAAUUACUUCAAAACCAGCAUCCCCAGUCAAUUGCAUGCCCGUCAAAGGAUGCCUGUCAAUGUCCUACCUUGAUGCUUUGAAGAAUCCUGAAGACAUUGACAAUGCUACUCACCUCAGUAGAAGCAUUGACUCUCUCUCCGUAAUUGGUGUGCCUACUUCAACCCCAAAGGAAGUUUCAUACGGCACAGAAUUGAAACUGACACAGUUGCAAAAGGAUGUCUCUGCAUCAUCCUCACUUUAUGCCAUGAGCAACUGUCGGAGCUCAUUGGAGUUUCCCUCCAGUCGAUCUGAUAUCCCUAUUGACAAAGAGGCCCAAAGGAUUUCCUCCACAGAUGAAGAAGACAGUCUGUCCAAAUCCCUCCUGACCUCUUCCAAAUCAGUCUUCAAUGUCUCUGGCCUCGUCCCUACUCCUCCAGAGGGAAAGCCAAAGGUGAGGCUGCCACGGCGCCCAGUGCUUCGCCUUAGGAAGGUUCCAGAGGAGCCACCCAAAAAGAUGCACAUUUACACAGUUUGCAGGGAUGCUUUUCAUUUCCCAACUGAGACAAUGCGAUCGACCAGUCCAUCAUCAUUCGAGGGAGAAUUCUCAACUCCAGAGUCCCAGAGGCCAAGAGCGGUGGACAGCUCAGACAAGGAGUCUAUCUUUAAUAUAGACUCAUCCAAAAGACUCCUCUCAGAGAUAAUGCUGUCUGUUCGGGAGGACGUUGUUGAGGCAAAGCAGAGCGAGAUGGCCGCACAUCUGGCUGCACUGUCGUCUGACAAUGAGACGCUCAGCACUUUGGCUCAGAGUGGGACACCGCGCGCCGAUUCAUGAACUGCCUCCAACACCUCUCCUCACAGCGAGAGUGAUAACUGAAGAGAAUUCACAUGUUUACUUGGACAUACAUUGCAUUUGCUUACAAUAUUUUGAAUCACAUUGAGCUAUUAAAUGCAUUUA